AUGGCACAAAUAGGGUUCCAGCUUGAACCUGUAGCUCGGCGCAACACUCACAGCAUAACAUAUCUUAACGUCUAUCACACAGAGAAACAGCUCACCUACCAGCUCGCUGGGAGGUCAGUCACCAAGGAACUUGGUGCAGACGUUAUCCUCAACUCAAAGGCUCCUGAUGGGGGAUCAAAAUGGUUCCAAGGGAUGUAUUCAUUGUAUGGAGAAGCAGCCCAGAAGAAGUUUUCAGUCUCUGCUCCAGGCCACGUUGGUCAUCCAGCAGAUAUUCUGUGGGAAUUCAAACAAUUCCGUCUGCUUGCUCUCAACUGGAUAUGCAAGUGGCAGCAGGACAGUGGUGGGAGCCUUGCAUCCAAGGAGAUGUCCUUGGCUUUGAAGGCAGCAGCACUGUGGAUGAUGAACGCCCUCAACAGUUGGCCAAAAGACAACCCCGCAUUCAAGGCCCUGGCAGACUAUGUGCUUCCACACACGGAAGAUGUAGCCUCAGAGCAUCUCUUCACUGACAUGCCAGCACUACUCCCAGACACGUUCACUGACAGGGCAGCCAGGGAUCAUGGGUGGGAACCAGAAGAGGGGGAGGAAGGUGAUGGCAAUGAAAUCGAAUGGUUCAGUUACAUGCCAUUCGGCAUGUUCAUGACUCGGGCUCUGGUGCUCCAGCCUGAGACUGAUUGUCCUCGAUUGGAAUAUUCCCCAUGGCGAUGCAUAUCCAGGGAUCAUUGGCCAUUUUUACUCAAGUAUGACCUUCAGACACUCCGCCUAAAGACCUCAAAGAUUCAGCUGAUUGCUGAGAGGCACCCUGACCACGUUCCAUGGAGCACACGCCCUACAAGACUCAUUGAGGAGCCACCAAUCCAUGGAGGUGCCGAUGACUCUUUCAAUCUUGAUGAUCUGAGGGAAGCACUUGUUGGAGGGGUCAAGGGUGGUAGAGGAGCACACAUCCGACUUGGAAAGACUGAAAGAGAGGAGGCGACAUUGGAGAUAUUCGCAGACCUGGAUCUUGCAUGUGUGUUCAUGCACUGCAAAGUGCAAGAAUGCAGCACCACAGAGUGGAGGCACAAUGUUGGGAUUUUCUUCCUUGACAAGGGCGCUGUGGUGCCUGCAUCAGCAACAGGGUGGAAGGGAAUGGCAUAUUGGACAUCAUGGGGACUGUUCAAAGAGGACAGCAAGGUCAGUGCCAGGUUGGUCAAUAAGAUCCGGGGAGAGAUAGUGCGGCGGUUGGACACUCUUGCUUGGCUUCCUCUUGCAGAACCUGACCGACCAUGGACUACUCGCAGCCAGGCACAUGGCACUCUUUAUCCCUCAGAUGCACCUGCCUCUACAUCUGCACCCAUUAUCUUGUUGCAUCCACGCAAGCGAUUGAGGAACAUUCAGUGGAUCCACCCAUGCAGAAGUGAAAGAUCAGAACACGGCGUAGUGGAUGAUGAUGAUUCAGACACUUAG